CCCACCAACCUGAACAACUUAAGACCCAUCUCCCUGCUGCCAUUUACCUCUAAACUCUUAGAACUCUUAGUCUACAAUCGCCUGAGCUCCCACCUCACUGACAACAACCUUCAUGACCCUUUACAGUCUGGCUUUCACUCACUACACUCCACUGAAACUGCCCUACUAAAACUCACUAAUGAUCUACUAACUGCUAAAACCAAUGGCCACUACUCCGUACUCAUCCCAACCAAUGGUCACUACUCCGUACUCAUCCCAACCAAUGGCCACUACUCCGUACUCAUCCCAACCAAUGGCCACUACUCCGUACUCAUCCCAACCAAUGGCCACUACUCCGUUCUCAUCCCAACCAAUGGCCACUACUCCGUACUCAUCCCAACCAAUGGCCACUACUCCGUACUCAUCCCAACCAAUGGCCACUACUCCGUACUCAUCCCAACC